CUCUUCAAAGACAGAAGAUGAACAUGACCAUGACCAUGUACAGAAGCAAGAACCUGGAAGUGAAAUUAAAAUUAGUGAAAUCCUGCAAGAAUCAAGAAUCUGCAAGUGCCAUUACAAUUAAAGAAAUUCUGCAAGAUGAGCAUGAUCCUAUGGAGAAGCAAGGGCAUACCAGUGCUAGUAAGAAUGGAAAACAACCCCUUCAAGAUCUCCCUGAAUCUGGCAGCUCAGGAUCAUCCUACAGUCCUGACUGCUCCACUCGUCAUAACUUCACAAGCGCUCACAGUGAACUUCCCAUGCCGGGAAGCAGUCGCUCAAUUCUGUGCAAUAGGGUCCAAGUUUAUCCUCGCAAAGCUGACGUGGUUUUGCCUGAAGGUGGAAUCGCUCUACCCUUCAGCGAUGAUAGCUGGGUCGCCGUCAGUUUGGACUUCUAAAAUCCAUCAAGGCAAUUGUUCUUUAGGCAGCAGACCUUGUCAUGUUAUAACAAUGCGAUAGUGCACAGACAGCUUCCUGGGUCAUUGCUACGUAUGCUCUUUCUUUCCAUAUCAGUAUGUGCAGAGACAGAUUCCUUGGUUCUUAGAAAGACAUCUUAUUACACAUGGUUUGUGGCUUGAAUUGAUUUUGAUGAGUAUUGUUUUCCUUUUUCUUUUAAUAUUAUCAUCUAUGCUUUUGUGCCCA